CGUCGUAGUGAGCAGACGUAUUACGCGUGUUCUGAUAUACCUGCAGUGUUGAUUGGUAAUAUCGAGUACAUUAUAAGUGGCGAACGAGGAAAAUAUCGCACCAAAUGACUCAGAUAACAUCGGCACUCCCUGGUCUGGACCAUUUUGAUUGCGAAGGUGAUCCGGUUUCGGUAGGAGCCAGAUGGGAGAAAUGGAAAAGAGCUCUGGAAAUAUACUUCCUCGCUGCUAACAUCCAAACUGGCGAAAGGAAACGAGCCACCCUUUUACAUAUAGGUGGUCUUUCCCUGCAAGAUAUCUAUUACAAUAUACCAGGAGCCCACGUUGAAGAGGCCGAAGGCAUCGACGUUUAUGACGUUGCUAUAAAGAAAUUGGACGAAUACUUUUCGCCCAAGCAAAGCAGAUAUUACGAGAGGUACAUUUUCAGAUUAACGAAACAGGCUGAAGGUGAACGGUUUGAAAACUUUUUGAUAAGACUGCGACAACAAGCCGACAAAUGUCAAUUUACUGCAAAAGAUGAAAAUUUAAUUGAUCAAAUCAUCGAAAAAGGACACAGUGCAGAAUUACGCAAGAAAAUAUUGUCAGCAGGUGACAAUGUCACACUUCAACAAGUGAUUAACAUUGCCACCACUCUCGAAACGGUUAACAGACAGCUGGACAUGUUUGUUAAACCUGGUUCAAGUAAAAUAGGUGAGACAGUUAAUUCUGAUAUUAACAAAGUUGAUACCAAGUUUCGAAGUCCGAAACAAACCUCAUUGAAGACUUGCUACAGAUGUGGUAGUAGUAGACAUCUGUCAUUUGACUCAGGUUGCCCGGCUAAAGACAAAAACUGUUUGAAAUGUGGGAUCAUUGGCCAUUUUAAAGACUACUGUAGAACAAAACACCAAAAACGGAAGACAGACCCAAAAAAAGACGACAAAACGGACAAAACAAAAAGACGUAAAUUGGACAACAAAAAGAAAGAAACGGACGAAGUAGAUUAUGUGUUCCAUCUCGAUGAUGACGCGGUUGUCAAAUGUGAAAUCGGUGGCGUUGCUGUUGAUAUGUUAAUUGACUCGGGGAGCAAAUGUAACAUUAUCACAGAUAAAACAUGGAAGCAUUUAAAAGACCUGAAAGUAAAAGCUUAUAAUCAAAUUAAAAAUCCUGAAAAGACUGCUUCCAUAUGGGAGUCAAAAACCCCUCAAAGUGCUGGGUGCGUUUGAUGCCAAUAUAGCAAUUGGUGAUAGUAUUGAGAAAAAAGCCACCUUCUAUGUUAUCCGGAACGGAACUCGUAACUUGUUAGGAAAAACAAGCGCCAUCCAGCUUAACGUCCUCCGAAUUGGCAUCGCUGUCAACAAUAUCAGUACGUUUCCCAAGUUCAAGGAUAUUAAAAUUCAGAUACCCAUCAAUGAUAAAAUCAAACCUGUUAUACAACCGUACAGAAGGAUUCCGAUACCCCUGGAAGAAAAAGUAAACUUAAAGUUAGCUGAACUCAAAGAGGCUGACAUAAUUGAAGCAGUUAAUGGACCUUCACCGUGGGUAUCUCCAAUGGUGCCAAUCUUAAAAGAAAGUGGUGAUAUCAGGAUUUGUAUCGAUAUGAGAAGGGCAAACGAGGCUAUAAUUCGAGAAAAUCACCCGCUCCCAACUAUGGAUGAAUUACUGCCUAACUUUAGACGAGCAAAGUAUUUUUCUCGUCUCGAUAUCAAAAACGCUUUCCACCAAUUAGAGAUCCAUGAAGACAGCAGAUACAUCACAACCUUCAGCACUAACAAAGGUCUAUUCCGGUACAAAAGGCUAAUGUUUGGAGUGUCGUGUGCGCCUGAAAUGUUUCAGAAAGUGCUAGAAAAGAUGUUGUUGGGUUGUGAGGGUACAGCUAAUUUUAUCGAUGACAUCAUAAUCUACGGCUGUGACGAACAGGAACAUGAUCAGCGACUUAACAAAGUACUACAGGUACUGAAAGAUAACGAUGUUCUUCUUAAUGAAGAGAAAUGUACGUACAAAACAAAGACGAUCGAAUUUCUAGGACACCAACUAACUGAAAAAGGAAUAAGACCACUGGAUAAAUACAUUCAGGCAAUCCAGUCCACAAAGAGGCCCAACAACGUGGAGGAAAUACAGAGUUUUCUCGGCUUGAUUAAUUAUGUCGGAAAAUGGAUACCUAACGUGGCAUCACUGACAGAACCACUUCGACAGUUAGUACGAUUAAAAUUGAGUAAAACGACGAAUAUCCAAAAAUAUUGGAGCAACACCCAGGAGAAGGCAUUUGAACGUCUUAAGCAUCAGCUUUCAAAUAUAAGAACAUUGGGUUAUUACAACCCUGAAGACAGAACGCAAAUAAUAGCUGACGCGUCGCCAGUCGGUCUAGGGGCAGUCCUUAUACAAAUUGAUCAUAAUGGCCCGCGCGUGAUAGCGUUCGGUAACAAGAGCCUCACUGAUUGUGAGAAAAGGUACUGCCAGACGGAGAAAGAGGCAUUAGCACUUGUCUGGGCAGUAGAACAUUUCAAAAUUUAUCUUUUUGGCAAAGAAUUUGAGCUUAUUAGUGAUCAUAAGCCUUUAGAAACCAUUUUUGGACCAAGAUCAAAGCCGUGUGCACGUAUUGAGCGCUAGGUUCUAAGAUUACAGGCUUACAAAUAUAAAGUAAUAUACCGGCCCGGUAAAGAAAAUAUCGCUGAUCCCAUCUCUCGACUUUGCCAAUCAGUACGCCCAGAACCGUUUGAUAAUGAAAACUACAUCAAUGCCGUUGUUGAAUACAGCAGGCCAGUUGCGGUCCCAUUACAAGAAAUUGAUAGAGCCUGUACAACAGAUGAAGAAAUUAUAGCUUUAAGAAAAGGAAUUUUUGAAAACAAAUGGGAUCAGCUAUCCACUGCUUACAAACCCUUCCAGUCAGAGAUCUGUUUCCAAGAUAGUAUUCCCCUAAGGGGAAAUAAACUCAUUAUUCCCAAGGAACUUCGCGGCAGGGUACUCGAGGCAGCUCACCAAGGUCACCCUGGCAUUGUUGCCAUGAAAGCUCGUCUCAGAACUAAAGUGUGGUGGCCAAAGAUCGAUAGAGAUGCUGAGAACAGAGUUAAGGCUUGUAAAGGCUGUACACUCGUCUCAGCACCUAAUCCACCACAUCCUAUCAAGAGACGCAACCUUCCCGCUGAGCCUUGGAUCGAUGUUGCUGUAGAUUUUUUAGGACCUCUACCAUCAAAUGAUUACCUGCUUAUCCUCGUCGACUACUAUAGUCGUUACAAGGAAAUCAAAAUUAUGAGGAACAUCACGGCCAUAGAAACAAUCAAGGUUCUCAAAGAAAUAUUUUCCCGAGUAGGAUACCCUGCAACACUCACAUGUGAUAACGGCAAUCAGUUUACCAGUGAAAUUUUCAAGAACUUUUGCUUAGAGUGCGGCAUUAUAAUUUACAACACAAUUCCCUAUUGGCCACAAAUGAAUGGCGAAGUCGAGCGUCAAAAUAGAGACGUGCUCAAACGACUAAGGAUAAGCCAAUUAGAAAAGAAGAAUUGGAAAGAUGAUCUUUUAGAAUACCUAAUUAUGUACAACAGCACACCCCACACAACGACUGGUAAAACCCCCGCCGAACUUUUUUUCCGAAGGCAAUUCCGAGACAAAAUUCCAGCGGCCUUGGAUAUGGAAUUCAAAACAUCCGAUUCUGGUGUAAGAGACAGAGAUAAAGAGAAGAAGGAGAUAGGAAAGGAGUAUGCUGAUAGGAAAAGGAGAGCAAUUGAUAAUAGCCUAGAGAUUGGAGAAAAGGUUUAUGUAAAGAACAUAAUCAAAGAUAAUAAAUUAACAUCUAAUUUUAACCCGGAAGAACAUACGGUAACGGAUGUAAAUGGUGGAGAUGUUACAGUAAGGAAUGAUUCGACGGGGAAAGAAUACCGCAGAAAUGUAAUUCACUUAAAGAGAGUGGAAAAUGGUGGAUGGGCUGUCGUAGAUAAAAAUAGCGAAAACUUGGCUGCUCCGAAUAACGAAGAUGAGUAAGUUAACAAAUAAUUAAAUAUAUAAAGUAUAUAUAAUAUAUUUACUUAUGUUCUAUUAUGACAUCUAAGGUUGAGGGUUUUGAUUAGUAAUUAAAAUGAUAAAGUAAAUUUGA